AACUAAGGUCAAUUGAUUUUGAACCUCGGACCUAAUUGAGAGAACAUUCCGUCCCAGUUUAAGCUGGUCACUGGAAAACCAUACGUUCACAACUACGAAACUACCGUCGAACAAUCAUAGGAUUUGUUGAAUAUGGCACCUUCACUUAGUCUUCGCCCUCGCACCGGCGAGCGGCCUUCAACUCGAGAUCACAACGACCCUAACCUCAUGAUUCCCUCUCGCACCUCAUCCCUUCAUUCCCGCAUCACCCAGCCUUUGCCCUCAACCCUCAAUAUCAAACCAGGUCAACGGACCCCAAAGACGCUCACUCAUGCGUACAUGGUCUGCGGUCUCUGCCGGGAACCAUCACAAUGGGUGCGAGCGCCGCCGCCAAGUCAGGGGAAGAUCGGGCACAUGAAGGGUGCGGUUGGACAGUUCUGGCUACCAGAGAUCUUGGGAAGCAGCCCAAGACUCGAGCAAGAUAACGAGAUUGCACGAUCAUUGCACGCAUCGAUGAGGGCGUGCUUCCCUCAUGAUGUGGAGAUUUGCACCGGCCGAGUCCAGCCGCAUUGCGUCCACCAUUCGUUCGUUUUGCAGCAGGAUUCGUCCCAUACACUUUAUGGAAUUGCUCUUCGCGUAUGGUCGCGUGCCGACGAGAAGCGAGCAGAGACUAUCCGUGACCUUCGGCGCAGGACUGAGCCAGACUUCUAUGAUAACGGCGACGAGACUUAUUGGAUUCCAUACUGCCUGAGCUUCCUUUCGCGAUAUCCGCUCUACAACCUCCUUGGUGACUACCUUCGAGGCAUGUGGAUCCACUGGAACAAGGCCACCAAUCUUUUCCAUGCCGAAGAGGUCUCUCGCAUUCUCAGCUUCCCGGCUCCCCGUUUGAACGAUCUCGUUCGCAUCGACAUGAAGGACUACGCCCUUUGCUACCAGUUCCCUUCGUCUCCGACUGGCUUCCAGAACUUCGCCAUGUGGCCGCUGUUCGCCUGCUUGUCGAUCCCGAACAUUGUUGGUGUCAUUGAGGCUGCUGUCUCUCCAACCCGCCGAAUCAUCUUCAUCUCCCACUAUCCGGCAGUGUUGACGGUCGCUGCGGAGACCAUCCGAUUCUCCGUCCGGGUCUACGAAUGGAGCGGACUUUAUGUUCCGGUCGUCCACGCUCGCCAUGUCAAGGAGCUGGUUCAGGAGCCUGGCCCAUACAUCCUGGGCAUUACUGCUGAAUGCAAGUCUCUUUUCACGGCUCCUACUGACGCUCUUGUCGUCGACUUGGACAGGAAUUUCGUCCUCACUUCUAGCCCCCCGACUGCUUUGAGCCCUAAGCAGCGAACGAAGAUGAUCAACCGCCUGACCCAGGCACUGAACCGUGAAGUCACCCCGUCUGGCGUGCCGCAGCAUCUCCGAUCCGCCUACGGAGGUGGAAAGUUGAUUCCGGCCGGUCAAAUUAUCGUCAUGAAAGGCGAAGUCGAGAGCAUUCAAGAUCCGGAUUGGUGGAACCAAGAUGGUGUUAUGCAUGUCAUGGACCACGUCUGCGAGAAAUUGGGUCGCAACACUGGCAUAAAGGCUGUCUUUGGUGGAACCGUCAAGAAGCCGCUGAUGACCAAGGUCUCCAUGCGUCAUCUCAACGAGAUUGUUCGCGAGCGCAACCAAUACUCCCGCGAUGCCAUGGAAGCCUGGCAAGACUUUAUCAACCUCAAGGGACGCAUGGACACCGAGCUCAACAAGGUCACCAAGCGGAACAAUUUCCUUGUCGAAGAGUUGGAGAGCUGGAAACAGCAAUUCCUCAAGUUCCAGGCUUUUGCCGAGCAGCUUACAAAGGAGACCCAAGAGCUCAAGAUCAAGAUUGAGAACCACAAGCGGGAGAACCGCCGCCUCAGCACACUCAUCGACCAGCAGAAGGACGACGCUGCCCGCCUCACUGUCCGCCUGUCCGGCACAGAGAAGCAGAGAGACGAUGCUCUCGAGGCUCUCGUCCUACAGCAAGAAAUUGCCGAGGAGCUCGAGCGAGAACGCAAGCGCAACAAGAAAUCUCUUGGUGCCCUCGAACACACCAACCAAACCAUUGUCCGUCAACGCGACGAGGCCCAGCGCGUGGUCUUGCACCUUCGUGCCCUCAUCGACGGGCAAGCCCACCAUAUGGAGCACAUCGUCAAGACGCUCUCCACCGCGCCAGAACUCACCGAGUACAUCGAAGAAGGCUUCGAAGACCUGCCCGAGGAAGAAGAAGCAGAAGGAUCCGACUCUGGCGCCAAGCGCACGGUGGAAAACGGAAGCAUCCGCUCCACCCGUCGCGCUCCGUCCAUCACCCCCUCCUCUCGCUCCAUCUCCCGCGCCUCUACCGUCGAUGGCAAGCACCUCGACGGCGAGGACGUCACCCCUGACAUGGAGAGCCGCCUCCUCGACUCCUCCCUCUCCCGAAACCGCCUCUCCACCGGCAGCAUGGCCGAUGUCGCCGACCGCCACCUCCGCGACAAGACCGAUGCCAUCGCCUACAUCAUCCGGAACAUCUCCGAACAGUGCGCCGCCGCCGUCGAGGGACUCGAGCUCGCGCAGCGCGCCGAGGACGAUGGGAGCGAAGCCGAUGCCCAGGAGCGCCGCGUCAGCAAUGGCAGCAACGGGAAGCGCGCCCGCACCAAGCCGUCCAAGGGCUCGAUGUCGUCCGCGGGGUCGGCGACCGCGGUGUCGGAUGAUGGCCACGAGGACGAUCACUUGCACGUAGACCGCGAUCGACGCGUCAGCUCCAUUCCGCCGACGCCGGAUUUAGUGCACAAUAGGAGCAGCACGAGUAUGUCGAUGAUGAGCGCGAGCUCGGCGGCGACGCCGGAGAGACAUAGCCUGCAGGCGUAUGAGAACAAGGCGAAUGUGCCGACUCGAAUCCAUGAGGAUGAGGCGGAGACUGAACAGGGUUCGGAGGGAGUCGACAUGCAGGUCGAGACCCCGUUGACGAAGUUCCCGAAAGGCGUGAUGGGGCUUGGGCAGGAGAAGGUGAAGCGAGCGGUAGUUUAGACGCACUUUCCGAGUGACAUGAUGCUCGACAUGAAGAUUCCUGUUCCUUCGAUUCUGAUGCUCGUUUGAUGGGCGUAUUCCGUUGAACUUUGAUUGCCGCUCUCGAACAUGUCCGCCAUUUGGCCAUUCGAGCGGUAC